UGCUCACUGCCCAACACUCCCGUAGCUCUUAUCCCCCGGUAGCUCGAUCUAUGGCUCCUCCUCCUCCUGCUGCUUAUCUUAUCAACCUUCUCCUUGCUGGGGUUUUAUUGGUUCAACAGUCCCUGCUCUUCAUCCCCAUUUCUGCUAGCAACGCCUACAUCGUGUACAUGGGGAAGAAUAAAGCUCGUGAGGGAAUGGAAAUGCGGUAUGUUCAGGACCUCCAUCACGGAAUCCUUUCGGCCGCUCUCGGCAGCGAAGAAGCAGCUGCUUCUUCGAUCUUGUACAGCUACAAUUGCGGGUUCUCGGGGUUUGCUGCUCUUCUGUCUGAAUCCCAGGCCAACCGUGUUGCCGAUUUUCCUGGAGUUGUUCGGGUUAUUCCCAACAGGAUUUUUAGGUUGCACACGACUCGGAGUUGGGAUUUCAUGCGACUUAACCCCAGGCUUCCGAAUGGGCUCCUUUCGAAGAGUAGGUGGGGCGUUGGGUCAAUUAUCGGCGUCUUAGAUACCGGGAUAUGGCCGGAGUCUGCAAGUUUUAAUGAUGAUCAUGGAAUGGGUGAAGUUCCGAAGGGGUGGAAAGGUAUAUGCCAAGAAGGAGAGAAGUUUCCCAUUUCUACAUGUAAUAGAAAAAUAAUCGGUGCACGCUGGUUUGUCAAAGGAUACGAAGCCGAAUUUGGAAAGUUGAACACAAGUGAUGUCACCGAGUUUCUAUCUGCUCGUGAUGCAGCCGGGCAUGGAACUCACACAUCAUCCACCGCUGCCGGUGCUUUUGUAGGCAAUGCAAGCUUCAUGGGGCUCGGCCAGGGCACCGCUAGAGGAGGCGCUUCUGGUGCUAGAUUAGCAAUCUAUAAAGUUUGUGGUAGUUCUGCCGACAUCCUCGCUGCUUUUAAUGAUGCAAUUCAUGAUGGAGUAGAUGUUCUUUCGGUUUCAUUGGGAUCACCACCACCACUUGCUGCUUACGUUGAUGAUGCUUUGGCUAUUGGAUCCUUUCAUGCGGUGGCUAGAGGGAUUACUGUAGUUUGUUCCGCGGGGAAUUCUGGCCCUUACUCACAAACUGUUAUCAAUACUGCUCCGUGGGUUGUUUCUGUUGCAGCCAGCAGCAUCGAUCGGACUUUCCUUAUGCAAGUUACACUUGGAAACAAUCACAAACUUGUGGGUCAAUCACUGUAUGUUGGAAAACAUGUAGACAAAGUCUACCGAAUAGUGUAUGCUGAAGACAUAGUUGCAGAUAAUGCAGAAGCGGAUAGCGCUAGAAGUUGUGAUACAGGUUCUCUAAAUGCUACUUUAGCGAGAGGGAAUGUGAUAGUCUGCUUCCAAACCCGAGGACAGAGGUCACCUGUUGUUGCCGCAAAGUCAGUGAGUAGUGCUCAUGGUGCCGGUCUCAUCUUUGCUCAAUUCUUGACUAAAGAUAUCGCUCCUGUGUUUGAGCUCCCUUGCGUCCAGGUGGAUUUUGAAACUGGAUCUUCUAUCCUCACUUACGUGGAGAGCACAAAAGAUGCGGUUGUCAAAUUUGGUCAUACAAAGACGGCCAUUGGAGCUAUGUUCCCCCCUGAAGUGGCUUACUUCUCAUCACGAGGGCCAAGUUCAUUGUCUCCUUAUGUGUUGAAGCCUGACAUUGCUGCACCAGGGGUGAACAUCUUAGCCUCAUGGUCUCCAGCUUCCACUCUCUCAACAAACACGCCUCCUGUCAACUUCAAGAUCGAAUCUGGAACCUCCAUGUCCUGCCCUCAUGUUUCAGCUGUCGUUGCUCUCCUAAAAUCCAUUCAUCCUAAGUGGAGUCCCGCUGCAAUUAAAUCGGCAUUGAUCACAACAGCCUCCACAAGUGAUGACUACCAUCUGGAUUUAGUAGCUGAGGGAGCACCACACAAGAGAGCCGACCCAUUCGACUACGGAGGUGGACACAUCAACCCGAAUAGAGCCAUAGACCCUGGUCUAAUCUAUGACAUGGGCAUACCAGAGUACACUAACUUCCUUUGUUCGAUGGAAUACAACAACUCAGCAGUGAGUUCAAUGACCGAACAUCCCACUAUGUGCCACAAUCAAACACCUGAAUCACAGAAGAACCUCAAUCUCCCAUCCAUCUCUAUUCCGCAUCUAAGAGAGAGGGCAACCGUCGUGAGAACAGUAACAAAUGUUGGUUCUGUUACUUCAGUUUACAGUUGCCGGGUAGAAGCACCUCCUGGGAUAAAUGUGAAGGUUAAGCCAUCAGUGUUGUCAUUCAAUUCUACUCUCAAGAGUUUGUCGUUCAAGGUGAUAUUUUAUUCGAGGUUUAGAGUGCAGGGGAGAUACUCAUUUGGUAGUUUAUCGUGGGAAGAUGGCGUUCAUUCAGUGAGGAUCCCCAUUGCUGUCCGCACUGUAGUAGAUGGCUUUCUUGAUAGUAGAUGAGAUUGAAAUGUAUGUGAUUGAUUUCCUGACAAACUGUGUGUGCAUGUUACCAUUGAAUUGGCAAACCAACAAAACUUGAUGUUCACUAGUCAUUAAAAGAGUUCCCAUGCAUCCUCUAGGAUUACGACAUUACUCUGAUCUUCUAUUAA